CCCCCCCUCCCCCGUCCUCCUCGGUCCCCACCGGCUCCGGCCACGCUGGCGCCCGGGGACCCCCCCGAGAUGCCGGUGAGGAGCGAGCGGUGCCGCGCUGGCGGGGCAGCGGCGGGCUCGGCCUCGUCGUCCUCCUCCGCUUCGCCGCCACCCGGAGCGGCCGCCAGCAGCUUGGUGCCGCCGCCCCCCAUCAACACGGCGCAGCCCGGCGUGGCCACCUCGCUGCUGUACAGCGGCGCCAAGUUCCGCGGGCAGCAGCGCAGCAAGGGCAAUGCCUACGAGGUGGAGGUCGUCAUGCAGCAUGUGGAUAUGGAAAACUCCUAUCUUUGUGGAUACUUGAAGAUUAAAGGCCUUACAGAGGAAUAUCCAACCCUCACCACUUUCUUUGAAGGCGAAAUAAUCAGUAAGAAACACCCUUUCUUAACACGCAAGUGGGAUGCUGAUGAAGAUGUGGAUCGGAAACACUGGGGAAAGUUCCAAGCUUUUUACCAGUAUGCAAAAACAUUUAACUCUGAUGACUUUGACUAUGAGGAUCUGAAAAAUGGGGACUAUGUCUUCAUGAGAUGGAAGGAGCAGUUCCUAGUCCCAGAUCACACCAUCAAAGACAUCAGCGGUGCUUCCUUUGCUGGUUUCUAUUACAUCUGCUUCCAGAAGUCAGCAGCAUCUAUAGAGGGCUAUUACUACCAUAGGAGUUCAGAAUGGUAUCAGUCAUUGAAUUUAACUCACGUUCCUGAGCACAGUGCUCCUAUCUAUGAAUUCCGAUGACAGCUGUCCGGAACUGGUACCACACAGAAGCAAACUGGGCAGGAGAGCAUGGCCUGCCAGGAGAACUGUGUCCCUGUCGGAGCACGGGAAUGCUUCUCUCCUGCCCCUCGGACUCGCGAGACAGAGCCUGAAUGUAAAACUCACCCAGCCCAAGGAGCGUGGCUGCUGGAGCUUGAUUCUCCCUCCUGUCGAGUGGCGAUUUGAUCUUUAAUCUGGUUUUUGAGCUACCUUUAAAUGCACUUUCUUAUUGCACAGUUAGUUUCUCUAUCACUGAAGUUCUUCCCGGCUCUCCUUUGGAAGCUGUUUCCUCAGUAGCUGGAAUCAGUGGUUUGCCCUCUGAGUAAUAAGAAAACACAAGCUGGGUGCUUUCUAUUUUCAUUCUUCCAGCCUCAAGAUGGGUUGAAAUCGCCAGGACUCAGGUUUGUUGCCCAGAUUGCUGCUCCCACAGCCGGGUCCUGUGUGCCUGGGGGGGGCUCUGCUCGCCUGCAGUGUGUUGGGGGAGCAUUGGCUGAGGCAGAUAAGGCUGGAAUGAGUCUUUGCUUUGUGCUGGCUGAGGAGGUUAGCCAGAGCUGCAGAUCUUUCAGGAAUGCCAGCCCUUUGGAGCUGGGAGCUCUUCCAGUGUCUGGAUAAGCCACUGGGAAUUAAUUUGAUGUAUGGACUUCCAGGCUCUCAGUAAAGUGGAUCUGAACUCUUGCUUAUAGGUGUAUAUUUGCUCUUUACUUAAGUUAAGGGUAAAAGACAAAAAACAACAAAAAAAAAAAGAGACUUUUAUUAAAUAUAUAUAUAUUUUUAUGGCUCCUUUUCCAAAGGACCCCAAUGCACAAGUACUCAAUGGCAUUUUACAGUUUUCACAUUGAAAACCAGGAAUGUUUUGUGUUAGUUUUCCAGACGUGUCUGUAAUCAGCCGCCUGCUUCCGAGCAGCACCAUAGGAACAGGGCAGCAUUUGCACUCACUCCUUGUGCUUCCCCACCGCUGCUUGAUACCUUUUUAUGGGGCUAAAAAAAAACAAGGAAAGGCAAAAAAUACCCCAACAAAACCCAUCCCCAAGUAGCUCUCCUCUGACUUGGAAUGUUUCAAGUGGUAACUUAAGGCUCCUGUGCCAAAGUGUGUGUGUGUGUGAUGCGCGUGUGGUUUGGUUUCUUAAAGACAUUUUAACACUCGGCCUCGGUUGUAUGUUUUAUGUGACUGUCCCACCCCUGUGGGGCUUGUAUGAAGGUUUAGUUUGAGCUUUUCUGGCUGGUUUUGAAGCAUGAACCCCUCUGAACAGGUUUGUGUUGGGAGUUAGCCGGGGGGGUGCUGAGGAAGUGAAGCCUCCCUGUGCCUAGCACCAAGGUGGUUUGGGUUUUCUUCUUUUGAGCUGCCCUUGCUUCCUUUAGUUUAUUGCAGCAGCUCAAUUGCUAGUUUAAGCCUUAAAGAGAAAGUAUUCAGGUCUUGGAGAGCAUGUUUCCUUUAUUCCAAGUUGGGGUCUUGUGUGAUUUGGGAAGUGGCUGAGCUGGGCUUGGGAAGUGAAGCAGGGAUCGCCUGCUUUGAGUGUGCUGUUCACUGCGGAUGAAUCCUAUAGCCCAGCACAAGUGGGGAGAGACCUGCUUUUGGGAGAAGGGGGGACCUGGCCCUUCCAUGGGGCAGGAGCCCCCCAUGCCAUGAGGGAAGCAUGUGCAUUGUCUUGGCUGUUGCAGGUGGCUUUGGAGAGUAGGGGGAAGUGGGAGAGCGAUUCGAGGCAUGAAGGGAGAGCGGCUGGGAGCAGAGCAGUUGGGAAGCACGUUCCUGUUUUAUCCUGCUCAAAGAAACUCAUCCCUUUAGCAAUGGGGAGAGGGGUUUCCUCAUGGAUGGUGCUGGGUUUAGAGGCAGAAGCCUCAGUGGUGCUCUGCUGUGACCAAGCAUGGGGUGAAGCCUCCUCCUAGGUGCUGUUUGGGCACAGGGACACAGCUCCAGAGGCUCUUUACAGCCCUCCAGAGCUCUCUGUGCCAUGCUGGUUGGUGACACCAACCUCCUUGUGCUUCCCAGGGUGUGACACUUGGGUUUCUGCUGUGGUUGAGUUAACGCUGGUUGUUGGCAGGAGCUGGGUUAGGAAGGGUCCUGGGGUUGUUUAAGAUGUCCAAGUACCCCAAAACCUCUGAAGGGUUUUCUUUGAGGCUUGGUAUGUUCCAAGGGUGGGGAAGGAGCAUCCCGCUCUGUGCUGUCUCCUUCCCACCAUCCUGAAGCCAACACUUGGGGUGAUGCUGACUUGUGUGGUAGGCACAGAGAAGGUUGCAGAGCUGAGGAAGCUGUUGGUGCUCAGAGCUUCCCCCCCCCCAUAAACCUUCAUUUUGGUUUUCCUUUUGCCUUGUUUGAGCUCAGGAGAGGGGUUCUGUAUGUCCCGGUGUGGGGAGAGAGAACCGGUGUGGGCUUUGGGGGUCAGAGAUGGGGUGUUUGGUGUGGGGAGAGGUUGUGAUGUCUCUAUAAGGUGUUACAGGAGGCGUUUUGCAGAGCGAUCAACAUCCAAAUUAAACAUGAACUGUAUUCAA